UGGUGAAUUUUAAAGGAGUAAGAAACAAUAAAGGCCAUGACCAACGGUUGUUGGAGGCCGCCACCAUCAAAUCCGGCGGCCUCCUGUUACCGCCCUUCCACCACUACCACCACCAACGGUUGUUGGAGACCGCCACCACCAAAGUCGGCGGCCUCCAAUUAUCGCCCUUCCGCCACCACCAUUACCAUCACCAUCAACAACUCUUCUCUUGUAAAAUUAUCAAGAUUUUCAUCUUAUUAUUUACAGUUUCUACUUAUUGCCUUGUUCUUAAUUGUCAAUCUAAUAUGUACCCUUUAGAAUCCUUUCCAAAUUCUUACAACUCCUUUUCUUCAUUCUCUCAAGAUUUAAGCCAAGGAAAUAUUCUACCUUCAACAAGCAAGAAGCAAAGUAAAUUAAAACAAGUGUUAGAAGAGGCAGCCAUGGAAGACAAAACUGUGAUCAUAACAACUCUAAAUGCAGCCUGGACAGCUCCAAAUUCCAUUUUUGAUCUUUUUUUGGAGAGUUUUAAAAUUGGAAACAAUACAAAUUCUCUGUUGAAUCAUGUAUUAGUAGUAGCUUUGGAUCAAACUGCUUAUUCUCGUUGUUUGGAGGUUCAUCCAAAUUGCUAUGCAUUGAUCACAAAUGGAGUUGAUUUUUCUGGGGAAGCACAUUUUAUGAGUGAUGAUUAUUUGAAGAUGAUGUGGAGGAGAAUUGAUUUUCUUCAUAUUGUUCUUCAGAUGGGAUAUAACUUCAUUUUCACGGAUGCAGAUAUAUUAUGGUUUCGAAGACCAUUUGCACAUUUUUAUUCACAUGCAGAUUUUCAAAUUGCUUGUGAUCAUUACGUCCACAACUCAUUCAAUUUAAAGAACGCGCCAAAUGGAGGGUACAAAUACGUGAAAUCCAAUAAUCGAACGAUACAAUUCUACAAAUUUUGGUACGAUUCAAGGAAGAUUUAUCCAGAAAAACACGAUCAAGACGUACUCAACAUAAUCAAAUUUCAUCCAUUUCUCAAGAAAAUUAAACUAAAAAUAAUGUUUUUGGACACAGCUUAUUUUGGAGGAUUUUGUGAACCUAGCAAAGAUGUUAAUUUAGUUUGCACAAUGCAUGCAAAUUGUUGUGUAGGUCUUGGUAACAAAAUACAUGACCUAAAAAUGGUCAUUAAUGAUUGGAAAAGUUAUAUGGCUUUGCCAAAUGGUGAAAGGAUAUUUAAAAAACAUACUUGGACUGUUCCAAGAAUAUGUGGGCUAAAAUUCAUAAAAAAUCACUUUUCUUCACAUGUAAUUGAAAAACAGUCAUUGCAUCGAGUUUCAAAUUCUACAAGUAAAAUUUCAUAACAUUCUCGUGGAGUUUUACUUGUGGAAUUUAAAAUUUCAUAACAAUGAUUAUUUUUUUAGUUACAGGCUCGAAAACUGAUUAGCCCUCGUUAUUAUUAUGAAUAUGGGUGUCAAGAUGGUCAUUUUCUUUUAAACAUUGUUUGUUGUUUUUUCUCUUGUUCUUUUUUUUUUAAAAUUCUAGAUAAAUCAAUUUGUUUUUCUUUGAUACUCAUGAAAGUGUUAUAAUAAUUCAAAAUUAAAUACCUCUUGUAUAGUUUUUGAUCUUACGAUACUAGAAUAAGUCAAAUAGGAAACGACAUUUAUCUUUUUGACAUGUUUAAUGAAGCAGAGAGUGGACGAGAUUCUGUCCGUAUUUAUCUU